GUCCAUCAGUUCUUCCUAAUGUUAACGAGCUCUUCAUGAAAACACUUCCAGCAGAUCUUGAUGUUUAUCAGAUUCCAGCAGAUUAUUUUACUUUAUUCCAUGUGAAAGUCUGAGUUAGUAAAAGUAUCAGAUGUGUGAUGUUCUUCCCUCCAUGAGAAGUCAGUAGAAGGUUGAACAAGGAGAACUGCCUUCUUGUCUUCAUUAUAAUGUUGUAGCAGCUUCCAGGUUGGUCAGAGUUCAGGUUCUGCAGAAGUUGUAACCCUGAACAACAGCUUCAGGGGGGUCGUUAUUCCCAGCAGGAGGCUUCCUGAUCUCCCCACCCAGGCUCAGCCAGGUGCUGGUGCUCCCCGCCUCGACCCAGUCUGCAUACAUGGGGGAAACCAGAGACGUGCAGACACACCACUGCAAGACCAAAUCUCAAACCAGAACAUGAGCUAUUGGAUCAAACAUCUGGACAUCAGAUAACAGGGUGAAGUGGAAAGGACUGGAAUCCGGAACCGUCCGUGGUAGGACUGCAUGGAAGGAUGACAGGUGAGUUAGUGACUAGGAAUGAAUACUGAAGAAGAAUGAUGUGAAUUGCUUAGAGGUGGGUUGUGGAAGAAUCUCCAGGGGGAGAGAUGUAAGGCUUGAGAGUGGUGAUCCUUAUCUGCUGAUCCAAGUAAGGUUGGCCUUGAGGUCAGUAUGAGGUUCAGAGGUAUCUGUGUUUGCUGCGUUUGUGAGGAACCAAGUUCUUAGUCGUCCUUGGAUCUUUCCCAGAUGGCGGUGAGGGUGAGCAGGGUCCGCUUGGAGUCUAGAUCCAGGAACAUGAGAGAAGCCACGGAGCUGCCAGAUGGGUUCUUGUCUGAGGGAUCUCAGCAUAGGAGUCUGUGGCCAGGAGCAGCUGGGAACAGACUUGAGAGUCAGGCAGGAAUCUAGGAGGGAAGACAACGAAGAUGAGAAGGUAGUGAAGCCCGUGGUGAGCGUGUACCCAGCAGCAUCCAGAGCCCACCUGGAGGGGAAGAGCUCCCUGCUGUGUCUGGCCUCAGACAUGUUUCCUCCUCUGGUCCAGAUCUCCUGGAAAAGACAGAAGAAGGACGGUGAUCUGGAGGAUCUGCCCCCUGUUGAGGGAGAGCAGCUGGAGCUCAGAGAGUCGGGUCGCACCGCCUCCAUCUUACUGGUGGAUCGGCAGGAGAACGGCUCAUCUAAAUACAGCUGCUCUGUCCAGCAUGAGGGAGGCAGAGUGGAGGCCCAAACACUACAAGAGCUUCCAGCUCCAGCAGCCUCCUGUCCUCCAGAGAGACCAGACCUGGCAGCUCUGCAGCAAGCUGACUUGUCCUUCCAGUCUCAGUGCAGGGUGAAGCUGCUCUGCCUGCUCUACACGGUGCUGAUAGUGAAGAGUCUGGUGUACUGCUGUGGACUCUCUCUGCUGAUGAUGCUCAGAACCAAGGGACCGUCCACCAUCUGAACACCUGCUGACUCACUGUUUUCUCUCCAACUUUUCCUCCUUUCAUUGUUACUGAUUGUUUGUUUUAAAGCUUCUUAUGAUGCGUUGAAGUCGAUCAUGAAGAGAAUCUGUUUAUUGCAGCUUCACAGAGUUUCUGUAAGGAUUUCCAUCCAGAUGAGGAAAUAUUUCUGUCCUGGGCUGUAAUCUGUGUUCUAAUAACUUUAUAGUUUGAUUUAGAUCCUCUCUGAUCAUUUCUGUCUGCUCCAUAUUUGAUUGUUUGUCAUCAGUUUGGUCAUUUUUCUUUCAUUGUAACACAACUUUAUGGACAAAUAAUUAUUAAACCUUCUUGUGGCCAAAAUGACCACAUAAACUGUU